AAAAAAAAAAUUUUUUUUUUUUUUUUUGCAGGAUGACAGCUUACUUUAACAAAACAGGUUGGCCAGAAAAUGCUCCCAAGACUGAACAGGAAAGAAAGGAAUUCAUUGCUUCACUUCACAAGCGAAAGACGGAGUUGUUCAUGUCCCUUAUUCAGAAGAAACUGCUACCACUUCGUCCGGGUGUUGCUAAGUCUGUAACUGUCUUAUCUUCUGCUGCUUUUACUACUUUAUUGCUGUUGUUUACACAAAAAUUAAUUACUUUGGAUUGUCUUCGAAACUCAAAACUUUUAGGUGAUGGUAAAUGCAUAACAUGGAACCUGGAUAUCCAAUACUGUGUUAUCAGUUUACUACUGCCUUUCAUUUUGUUUUUUAUGCUGACAAACAGGUAGGAAAUCCAUAAGUAGAAAUUUCAGUGAAGGACUUCGCUUUGGUAGAGCUCAGUUAUUUUAAUAUACAUAUCUUGCAAAUGAAAGAAAGAAAAGUAUUUACGGAGAUUAAAAGUUAAAGAUAUAUGUGAUUAAAUAUUUAAUUUCCAGAAUAUGAAUAUGAAUAAGCUGAUUGAUCAAGCUUUGGCAAACAAGGUGGAAGUUGCUGUGUGCAGCACGUCAAAUGAGAAGGCGGUUGCAGCAAUUGUUUCAUGCUUGUUGGGACCUGAGAGAGCAAGUAAGAUAAAGAUAUUUGCCGGAGAUGUGGUUCCCCGCAAAAAGCCUGAUCCAGCCAUCUACAUGUUAGCAGCUAACACUCUUGCUGUUGAUCCUUCAAGAUGUGUCGUGGUUGAGGACAGUGCCAUAGGACUUGCAGCUGCUAAAGCUGCUGGAAUGAAGUGUAUAGUGACAAAGAGCGGCUAUACAGCUGAUGAAGACUUCCUAAAUGCUGAUGCUGUCUUUGACUGCAUUGGAGAUCCUCCGGAAGAGCGAUUUGACUUGGCUUUCUGCGGAAGCCUUCUUGAGAAGCAGUAUGUUGGUUGAACAAUACCAUUAAUAACAAGUAUAGGAAUUCCUCCAAUAGGUGUACUUUGCAACUAAUAGCUUUUUUGGUUUGAAGGGAGGGGAGGAGAGUGGAGGGAAUAGGAAGGUGGAGAAAUUUUCUAUUUGGAUGACAAAAAAUUAGAGGGAAGAGGAGAGGAGGGGCUUUUCCUUAUUUUACUUUAAUUUCCUUUACAUUUUAAUCUAACCAAAUGAGAGGAAAAAAUUGUCCCCUUGUUUUCUUCUAACCAAACAAGGGGUAAAAUUAAUUUUUGCCUGAACUAAACCAAGAACUUGAUCCUUUAUCAUGGGUGUGAUUAUGGCCACUCUUAUUUUUUUAAAUUUACCUAAAAGUUAUUUAGUUUAAUUAAUAUUUUAUUUGUUU